AGUAAACGUGUUUCAAAGAAGAGAAUAAAUAAUCGGCAAAUUUUCUUUAAUCAAAAAACAUAAUAGGUUUCAGUAAGAAAGUUCGUUAACUUAAAAGAAAAAUAAAACAAACAACGACAACUAGAGUGUUUCUGUUGGUAUUGAAUGCGCUUGAGCAACAAUACAACUUUCUCCAUCGUUUAUGUCAUAGCCAUCGUGUUGCGGUGUGUGUGCAUGUGUAUAUUUGCGAUACUGAAUUAUAUGGAAAAUGUGCCAGAAGCGCCGACACAUGCUCAGAAUCAAGAACAAUACACAACAUAGCACAGAAGUGAAUAAAACAAAAACACAGUGAAACAGUUUUCGUUGUCUUCUUCUUCCAUUUAUUGUGUGUGCAUGUCCAAAUUGGCGAAUCGAAUUUUCUCUGGCGUAUUGUGCACGAGUGAAAAAUAAACCGACAAACAAAAACAGAAUCAAAUGUGCGUUUAGCGAAGGAGGUUCAUUUCAUUUGCCCGUAGUGCUGUUCCUGUUACUGCUACUUCUUUUCACAUAUACACAUACUCCUCGAGACACAAUACAUUCUCUUUGGUUUUUUUUAAGAUUUUUAUUGUUUGAAUUUUGUGUCCCCGAUUCAUAUGUAAUACGACUUACUUACUUUACGUUUUAUAUUCGCGUGUGUCUUUUGUCACCGCUUGGCAAAGAUUUUGAGCUCAUCACAUACACUCUGACAACCAUCAUUCGAAAAAUCAUCGUAGUGGCGGUAGAUGGUUCAACAGCCCCCGCGCUCGCGCGUCAAAACAAACCAUCAAUGAAAACAAUCAACAUCUAUAUAUAAACAUCAAUCGACAACGGCAACAAUUUCCAUUCACAAAUUCAACACUCGUUCGGCAAUCAACUUUGUCCGAAUACAAAUUACAAAGACACUUUUCACAACUGGUUUCAAAUUCGAUAAAAACUUGGACACACCAACUGAAGUUGGAAAUGUAGAGCAGAAAGUUAGUGAUUCUUAGAAGAAAAAAAUAUUUUUUUUUAAAUAUCUAAUAAACGAACAAAAAAGUGAGUGUUGUGCAAAAGCUCUUUGACACAAAUUAUGCCCAAAAAGGCGGUGGAAUUGAUAUUGUGAUUAAGUCAAUAAAUAAACAAAGUCAUUAAACGAAGUCACGAACUUAAAACAAAACCAAUAAAUUACUAGCAGAAAUACAAAAAAAAACUUUCGGCACCACAUUAAUUAUUUAAAAUUUAAAAUUAAAAAAAAUCGAGUUCUUCAACAAAUUAGUCACACAUCGAUGGUAAAUUUAUGUGAACAAUAGAAUCAAUAAAUAAAAUGAUUUAAAUAAUAUUUGCAAAUGAAAGUGAUAUAGAUACGUAAAACAUAUCGGUUUUAAUCGAAAAAAAUCGGCAUUUUCCGAAUUGAAUAUCAUAGAUUUCGGGAACACCUUCCCAAAAGCAUACAGAAAGCGGAAAAACCAUUUGCGGCAAUUUAAUUGAAUUUCGAAUUGAUAAUUUUCAUAUUAAUUUUGUGCUGAAUUGUGAUUUUCUUCAUAGUAUUCGGUGUAUUGGCAGCUGUGACACCGAUUUUGUUUGUGUGUAAAUGUUUUUUGGCUGUGUGCCGAAAUAAUUGAGAGAAAUACACACAACAAGAUAGAGAGACACUGACUUUUUCCUCGUUUUCAUCAUCUUCAUUGUGUUCAGUGUGUGAUAUUUCGGGUGUCUGGCAGUGCGCGCUUUGACUCUCUCUCUCUUUUACUCGGUUUCUAUUUACAUUGUGCAAUAUGCACACUGCAGUGAACGCGGCUGUUGUGCAUAUUUUUGUUCCCAUUCGGUUCCUGUGUUGCAUCGCAUGAAUAGUAUGCGUACGCACGUGUAAAAAGCUUUUGAUGCGAUAGUUUGUGUUGUGUAGUUUUGUUUUUCUAGUCGUUCAGAGUCGUCACCGUUGUUACUGUUGUUGUUUGUCGGUUUAUUCAUCGAACAUUAGUUUUGUGGAUCGAUUAGACAGACGGUGUAUGAAGAGAUGCUUGAAAAUUGGUGAUGCAUUUUUGGUCACCACAAUACACCAAAUGAAUUAAAGUAAACAAAAAGAGACAACAUUUUGGGGAGCGUAAAAAUCAAUCGAAUUUUCAAGGAAAUCGCGACAGGCACAACAGUAAAUAAUAGUAAACCAAAUUUUCACCGAUUACACCCACGCGUAAAAUUUCAACACAGAAAUUUCAAUUGAAUUAAGCGAAUUUCGAUGAAUAAUUGCAUUUGAACGAACACGAGCAGAGAAAAACGAUCAAAACCGAACAACAACAGAAUAUUUUUGGUGCGCAUUACAUCUUUGCAGUAAUACGAUUCCAAUAACAGCAACACACCGAAAGCAACCGACAACAAUAGUUUUUGGACGAAAAUAUAUAGACACAGUUCGUGAACUCGAAAACGGAAACUUUUUUAAUAUAGAUGCAUGUGCACACAGACACAAACAUUGUAAUGAACACCUUUCUAAUGAACAUAAAAAAUAAAUAAAUUAAUUAUAUAGAUAGUUGUCACAAUAACCACAUAAUCAUCGUUUAUUAUAGAAAAAGUUUUGAGACACAAAAAAAACGAGAAUUGAACAAUCAAAACAAACACAUUUUCAAAAUCAAUCAAAAACGAAUAUACAAACUGGAAAAGGCAAUUUAGACGAACAACAGCAAAAUACAAAAAAAAAAUUGUUAAAAUGUCGAACGAUGCUAAUCUAAUACUGUUUCCAAAAAUUACGGAAUGUAGCUAUAUCAGUUGCUAUUGUGAGGAAAAUGUGUGGAAACUAUGCGAACAGGUAAAAAAAACACGUCCAGCUGAACUAUCAAAAUGUUAUGCUGUAUUUGUGUCGAACGAAAGCCGAACGGUGCCAUUGUGGCGACAAAAAGCUGGACGAGGCGAGGAUAAAGUUGUUAUUUGGGAUUAUCAUGUAUUUUUUAUGCACAAUCCAGCACCAACGCGAUGUCUUAUAUUUGAUUUAGAUACAACGCUACCAUUUCCAACAUUUUUCUCAAAAUAUGUGACUGAGACCUUUAGAUCGGAUUUGGCCUUGAGACCCGAACACCAUAGAUUUUUUAGAGUUAUACCGGCCGAACAAUAUUUAGCUGAAUUUUCAUCGGACCGGAGACAUAUGCGAAGACCAGACACCACAUGGAUCAAACCUCCGCCACCAUAUCCACCGAUUCAGUCAAGUGCAAACACCCACAAUUUGGAUGACUUCAUUUGUACACAGCCGGGAAAAGGGCCCGGCAUUGUUUAUAGUCUAAUGGAAUUCGUUUCAACGUUUUAUAAACCAUUGAGCAGCACAAAAAAUGGAGUGGGGGACAAGGAAUAAAACCCCGGACAGACUUAACAUUGCCAUAUAAAAGAAAAAAAAUUAAGAAACUCGCUGUCCAUCCGGGGCCUUAUUGACCGCUAUCCAAAUAAAAAAAAAAAAAACAAAUAGGCGCUGACAACAUUCAAUGUUCUUCUGGGCUUUUGUUUCAUCGCAAAAUAACAAUUGGCAAUACACAAACACACAACAAUCGAUUUCUUCAAAGAUCGUUGCUUUUUAAAGUCCAUGAUCGUGUGCUCUUUUGUCAACACCUAUGCUCAUAUUUUAAUAAUAAAAAAAACAUCAUCUCAAUUCUCUUACACAUCCAUACCUCAAAAAACAUCCACCCACUAUCCUUUAUCUCAAUCUGUAAUUUAAACAAAAAAACUGUACUUUGAAUCCAAUUUAAAGGAAAAACUACCCAACUUAAGAAUUUAUCGAUUGCUCAUCAGCACAAAUAGGCCGCAUUUACUAAAAAAAAAAACAAAAUAAAAAUAACAACUUAUAACACAAAAAAACACAUGAAUCGAUGAAAGAACAGAGAAAAAAUGUAUACAAAUGAAGAACAUUAAAACACAUACUGGUUUCAAAUCUGGUUGAGGAGUAGCGGUGGUGUCGAACACACAAACAAUUUGCUACCCCCACCAUUUUCUCAAACUUUAAUGCAAUGAAUGACACACACAAACAACACUAAAUUGCAUUAUUUAAAAUGAUACAUUUUUGAAAACGAACACAAUCGAAUCAAUUUAGAGGAAUGCAGAGAGAGAGAGAGAAGACGGGAGAGAGGGAGAAAGUCAGUUCUGGUACCUAAAACACCAUUACUUUAAUUGAGCCCGUUGAGCAGGUACUUCCGCCGCAUUCAGCUUCGAACUACGGAAAACUAUGGAAAUUGAGAAUUAACCAUUCUGGUUUGCCACAUAUUCCGGCAUUUUGUUUUUCUUCGGUCCACACAUUAUUUAAGGUGGAAAUAUUUUUCGUGCAUUUUUUUUUUUGGUUACCAUCCAGAACAAUUUCCAUGCAAUGAAUUUUAUUUUGUUCUGUAAAGGGGCAUUUCGUGAGAUGAGUGCCCUUUAAUGUGAAGACAGUUUUCAUAAAAAUUAAAGCGUGUCUCUCAAAAAUGAAAAACAAAAAUGAAUUUGAUGUUAUUUGCUUGGGUGCGAAUACAAACGGAAUUAUAUCCACUUGAAUUUAAAUGAAACAAAAAAAGACGCUGUUCAAAGUCGUGAAUAUUUGAACAAAAAAAAAAAACAAUGGAACCUACGCGGUGUCAUUAUUUAUAAUUCAAGUGUUGAUUUCUGGUACGUGUUCUACAAUCUACAUCCAUUCAAUAAACAUUCACUUUUUUUGUGUGGUGCGUACAAGUAGCAAGUAUACAUUUGCUUCAAAAGUGCACUGGGUUUAAACGAUUAGCUUGAUUCGCGCACCGUUUUAAUCGCACAAACAACGGACGUUUUUCCGAAAGGAAGGUGACAGGCGAGCGUUAAUUUGCUGCUUUGAAAAUUAUGAUCAAAGCGAGAAAAAAAGAGAGCAUAUUUUCCGGAACUUUGAAAACAGUUGGCACGAAAUAAGAGAACGAGCAACAACAAAAUUGGAAGACAGAUAGAUAGGAGUUGGUAUAUUCUGUCGUCACGCACACAUAAGCGCAAAACAAAAAAAAUAGGCUAUGAACUGCGUGUGCCUGAGCGCGGUUGACUUCCAUUAUCAAUAUUUACGGAAGUAAAAUAAUCAUCUCUGUGCAAUAUAACAUCGUUUUCUCGCUCUAUUUCUUCUUGCCAUUCGAAACACGAUACGGCUGCAGGCAAAAGGACAAACAUGUUUUGGUUAGGCAAACGAACAGAAAAUCAGUGAAAAAAAGGAGGAAAAUAACAACAAUUCAACCAUCUCAUAUCGGCCAUACAAACAGUUUACCAACGAUGUACAUUUUUUUUGUGUAUUCAUUGGUCAAACAUAGUUGAACGUAGCGAAAUGCUGUGCCAUGGCCCAUGUUAUUCAAUUGAUUGCCCCGCUCGUCAUUCGUUGCACGUAACAAAGCAGUUUGAACAUGUUCGAUAGAUACGAGUACAAAAAGAAACGAAAAUUUUGUUUAUUAAUCUUUCAAUUUCAUGCUGGGCGAUCGCAACAGAAAAAAUAAAACAGUUUGAAAACAUUUUGGCCCAGGCCACGCAAAUAUGAUAACUUCAUUUGAUGCUUUCAUAUGCAUGUGCUUUUUAUUUCAAAUGAUAAAUUAAAUGAAGUUCCCGUUUCUUUGGCAUCGUCCUCAUUUUAGCUUUUUCCAUUAAUUUCAGUUGCGUUUUGUGUACUUCGUUUUUGAACCAAGUUGGCGAGACAAAACAGAGAGAAAGGGGCAAGCGUUGGGGUAAGCAGAGAAAUUCUGCGACUGAUGUGACUGUUGCUGAAUCUAGACCUUCGCUAUGCACCAAAUCCAUAAUGCAUUGUAUGCCAUAAUCUCAAUGUCAUCAUUGUUUUAUAGUCAUUUUCAUUUCUGGCCUUGAACUGAAUUUUGAGCAAAUGAGGGAAAAACGCAUUUCAUGUGUUGUUCAUUUAAAAAUGCGUUUCAAAUAACACAACGAUAUGAUUUAUGACUAAUUUGUUGUUUUUGUUUUUUGCUUGAUGAAAUGUUUAAUAAUAUAAUAAACUGUGGCAUGCAGUGUCUAGUCAAUCAACAUCAGCACAUCACUGUUUUCAUUGCAAAAAUUAUUUUGUCACUUAAUUUGAUUAAGUAUCAAAAUAAAACUAAAAAAAAAUAUUAAUGAUAAUCAGUUAAACACGCAAUUUGAUCUAUUCGAAAUAUGAACACGUGGGCUCAUUAAUCAUUUUGGCCUCGAGAUGAGGGUGUUGUAAACACGGGCGUGUUUUCAUGUUGACGGAAAUUAAUUUAGCUCUUAAUUAGUAAUGACAGGGAGCUACUUUAACCUAACGAAAUACAUCACAACCAUUCAAUCAAAAUUGAGUUGUUUUCUUCGCAAAAUUGAUGAAUAUUUUAAAAUACAUUUUUUUGAUAUACAAUUUGGGAUCCCUUUUUUGUUGAUCUUCUUGCAGCCACAAUUUUAAAAUUGGCACUUUUUUUUUCAGCUCCACACGCCGCGUUGACAAUGAAAUUUUCUUUCAUAAUUUUCAAUGCGAACUUUUUUCCAUCGUGACUUAAAACAUCGACGAUAUGAUGUGGCGUUUAAUUAAUACAAUCAUUUUGCCGCAACAUCAGUUCAAGUGAUAAGCUCUAAUAAUAACAUCCAUUACGCUUUUAAUUUCAAAUGGAAUUAGAAUAAUAUGUUCCUAUAAUUUUAUUGAAAUAAUUGUCGCUUCGGUUUUCAGACAUUUGAGAAAUUCAAUUUCAAAAGUGUUAAAUUUCAAGCUUUUUUUUUUGUUUUUUUUUUUUUUUAACCAGACAAGGCUAGAGAAAAAACUUUAGAAGAUGGAGAGAACGAAACGAGGUUGGUACGGCAAUAAAAAGUGCAUUUCAAGUUUUCACAAAACCGGAAAUUUCGUCUAGUUCGGUAAAUGAAUUUGGUUCAGCUCUGCACGUACAGUUUUCCACGUCGUUAUUUUUUCUCGAGGAUAAAAGCCAUCGUACAUGAGUGUCACAUUUGCCGACAUCAGUGUGAGUGAAAGCAGAAACAUUUCUUUUUCGUGCAUAGAUGCCAACAUUUUGCGAUCAAAAAAUGCAGACAGACAGACCCAACUGUCGAAUAUGCUCAAAACAAUCUCAUGAUAUAAACGAAAAUGCCACUUUUUUGGCAGCAUUUCAAGCCUAUUUAUGUUGGCAAAUAAACGGUAAAUGAUGUGAACGUUUUAUGAACGUGGUUCAUUACCAAUAAAAAUAUCAUUUCAAAAGCAUACGACACACUUUAUUAUGACAUAAACGCUGUGACAAAAUAUCAAAAAUAAAAUCAAUUUUCUUGUUCUUGAUUGAAGAAAAAUGUAAAUGAAAAAAGCAUUGAGGCUCAUAUCUUCGACGAGUUGGAUUAACCACGACCCCAUGGUCAACGGACAAUAAUUUUUUCGAAAAUUAAAGACCUUUGGUUAUCAAUUUUUUGUGGUGUCAAUUCUCUUUCAAUUUCCUCGGGGAUUUGACAAGAAAAAAAUUCUUUCUUUCGAUGUUUACUUCCCCCCUCGUAAUCCAUUUGGUCUGAUUCCAAUCAAAAACUCCAUAUUGAAUUUUCUGGGCUUGCCGAAAAAAAAUGAGGACCUUUUUGUGGACCACCCUAUAUUUUCGAACAAUUUUAAGUUUAAGCCCCUUGGAUCGCGAACUUCAGAAGCUAUGCUGAAUGCUUAUGCUCCGAAAAAGGUAUUUCAUUAAAAACAGUAUUGCUAAAAGUUCCCAAUGGGUUUGUUUUGAUUUCCUCAUUUCAUGAGCCAUAUUUUUCAGAAAUCAAACGACUUUCGAGCUUGCAAAACAUGCCGACAGUGUAAGAAGGUAAUACACAAUUACUCUUUUUUCUUAAUUUUUAAAUCCCUCCGAUUAAUUGUGAUUUUUUUUCGGUUCAAUUGCAGUGAAAUCGGUUCAUAAUGAUCAAAAUCGCCAAUAUACGAAGAAUGCUCGCAAAAUGGUAUCUUUUGUGCCAGACUCAACUCUGAAAGUUGUAUACUUUCAAAAUAUCUCCAAACUUUGUCAUGAUCCAGUCUUUUUUCAUCAUUUUCGUUAAAUUUUCCUCCACUUUUAAAAAUACACUCGCAAACAAGAAUUUAAAAAAAAAAACAAUAAGUCUUUAUACCUUGGGAUAUGAAAAAAAUAAAUCCCAGGACAAUAUUUAACAAAAAAAAAACAAUUUCUACGCACAUUUUCUAUACUUAUAUUUAAAGAAGAACCUUAAAAAUACAUGGAUGAGAAACAUACUUUAAUUAAAACAUACAGAAGCAAUGAAAAAACUGAAUGCUCGACAUAAUAUAUAUAAGGCCAGGCAAGUGACGGUGCUUUUUUAAUCAAAUUAUUUUAAUAUGAGAAGGAAAAUACGUGUGAAAAAAUAAAUGUUUGCAGAAAAACAGUUGUGUUUAGUUACUCGAAUGAAUGUCAUUCUCGUUCAACUGAUUGAUUGUAAAUCAGGGACUGUUCCUUAGAGAAAGAGGUGAUAGAGGCAUGGUGAGGAAAAUUUUUUCCAUGACAGUGCCAUAAGUUUGAGCCUUCCCAUUAAAAAUGAAAGUUAAAAAAUAUAAGUAUUUCGAAAAAAUGCACAACUAAAAAAAAGACUGAAGCUUCCAAAGAAAAGAAAAAGAAAAUGUGGAAAGGUUACGGGGCUGGUAAAAUUUAGCAUAAUUUUGUGUGCAAGGGAAUCGCUAGUGCUUUCGUUGUGCGUUCGGAGCACUUCGUGCGCUGCCGAAGAUCCGAAUGUAUGGCGAUAGCACAAUCGAUGCGCAUCAAAUGAUGCAAGCAUCAUUCAAUCGCUCGCAUAAAUGUAUGUCUUUCUGAACGCUUGCCUCUAAGAGAUAGUCACUGUUCAAAUGAACCAUGGUCUCAUUCAUGGUUUGCAAAAUCCUUAGUCUACCUACCAAUCUACCUACUUCGAUUCACGCAAUGUUAACUACAGAUUCACGCUUCAUAAAACAACAUUCAUUCGUUCCUUUUUUCAUCUCUCCCUCUUUCUUCUUUAAAUCGAGUUUCAUUCAAUCAGAAUUCCAUUUUGUUGUUCAUUCUUUUUUUUAUACAAUGAAAAAUUAAAUCAAAUGUAUUUUGAUAUUAAAAAAGCCAAAAAAAAAAACAAAUUUUUUUUGCAGCUGACGCUAGUUACGAGCAAUGUAAACCACAUGGUAAACCCGCAUGUUCACAUAUUUGGUAUGAUUUUACGUGCGCCUUACCAAUGGGAGGAAAUGACAGCAAUUUUUAAAAUUGUCGCGCUGUUUAGUUUCGAUUUGAGUUGUUAAAUUACAUUGACGUCCCCUUUGAAAGGAGUUGGUGAAAUCUAUAUGGUUGUCUCUUUUACUCGCAUUGAAAUGCAUAUUUAAAUUUGACAUUAGACUCACUUUUUCACCAACUCCUUUGGGGCGCCACCGUCGGUUCAAAGAGACUUGAAGUCUUCACAUCCUCUCAUUGGCGCUUACACUGUACACUUCGCUUUUAACGAAUGACCAUUUAACUCAACAGCAAAUUGGCUAAUAUAAAUAAAUUUAAGAUAAAGUUUAAACAGAGAAAAUAAUUGAUAAGCAGUUUUUCUGUGUGUGUUUGUCAAAAGAAUGAAAUCAGAUGUUUUAUCUUUUUAUCUAUGAAAUAAGAAAUCGUUAACAUUUUUCUAACAAUAAAAACAGCAACAGCAUUUAUCAUUUGGUUGUAAGGUAAAAAUAACUUGAAAAAAAAAAAAAAAAAAA